AUGGAUAAGGCAUUCUACAAGGAAAUCCUUCAAGACGAAUUGGAGCAGACUAUUGCCUUUUCUGUUGAGAAAUUGGGCUUCAGCCGUGAACAAGUGAUAUUUCAGCAAGACAAUGAUCCCAAACACACCUCAAAUUUGGUCAAGGAUUACCUUCAGGAACAGUCAUACCAGGUCAUGGAGUGGCCCCGACAAUCUCCAGACUUGAUUCCUAUCGAAAACAUGUGGGCUUUGUUGAAAAGGCGUCUCAAUGAGUAUGAAACCGCAACCAAGGGUAUGAAUGAAUUAUAUGAGCGAGUAACAGAGAUUUGUUAUGACCAAAUGAAGCCGGAGGAGUGCCAAAAGGUUAUAGAAAGUAUGCCUCGACGUAUUGCGGCCGUUAUCAAAGCAAAAGGGAAAUGGACAAAGUAUUAA